AUGGUCAACGAAGCAGAUAUUUUGAAGGCAAUUAGUGAUCUAGAAUCACAAAAGGAGCCUCAAUAUGCCAAAACUGCCAGGAAAUAUAAUCUUGAGCCUUCGACCUUAAGGCGCCGGUAUAAAGGCCAGACCGCGUCAAACCAGGAAGCAACUUCCAUGCACCGCAAACUCCUUACAGAUGCCCAAGAAGAAGUCCUACUUAAUCAUAUAUCGAAGCUCUCGUCUCGUGGAUUACCUCCAACACCUCAAAUUCUUCGAAAUCUUGUUGUAGAGCUUAUACAACACGAUGUUGGGGACCCAUCAAAUAUCUAUAAUUUUGAUGAGAAAGGAUUCAAUAUAGGCCUCUGUCGCACAGAGAAGCGAAUUAUCUCAAAAUCCCAGCUCCGUUCAAAGAAAUUACUUGGUGCAAUUCAAGACGGGAGCACAGAAUUUAUUACUCUUAUUGCAUGUAUUUGUGCUAAUAGAGCAACAACGAAUUCGCGCAUACGAGGCAGAUAUCGGCUAUUAAUUCUUGAUGGCCACGGUAGCCAUCUUACACCUCAAUUCGAUCGAAUUUGUGCAGAAAACGAUAUUAUACCGGUUUGUAUGCCUGCGCAUUCCUCGCAUCUACUACAACCGCUUGAUGUUGGAUGUUUUGCUGUGCUUAAACGCGCGUAUGGCCGCGUCGUUAGCGAUCUUGCCCGGAAUUCAUACAAUCAUAUCGAUAAACUUGAUUUCCUCGCUGAUUAUCCUCGCGCGCGUAUCAAAGCCUUUCAACCCUCCAUUAUUCAAAAUAGCUUUGCUGCUACAGGCCUCGUUCCAAUUAAUCCAGAGAGGGUGCUUUUAAAGCUUAAUAUCUCCCUCCGAACACCUACACCACCGUCUAGUCGACCAAGCAGUAGAUCUAGCCAGUUUACCCCCAAAACGCCAAAGACCGCCGUUCAACUCCAAAAGCAAGCUUCGAUGCUUAAGGAACUACUAAAGCAACGGUCAAAUAGCCCUCCGAGCCCAUCAAAAAUCAUACUAGAUCAGAUUAUCAAAGGCCACUAUCAAGCGCUCCAUCACACAGCGCUACUUGCGCAAGAAAACGCCAAUCUACGCAUAGCGAAUGAGAAGAAGUGCCGAAAGCGUAAUCGGUCGACUAGGCAGAUAGUCCAUGAAGGAGGCCUAUCGGUUGAAGAGGGCCUACAGCUAGCUCAGCAGGAAAAUCAGCAAGUUGAAGGUAGUGGGUUAGUAUCGCAUGAACAGGGCGCUUUACCUACUCAGCAGGAUCAGCCACGCAGGAGGGCUCUGCCAAAAUGUAGUGGAUGUGGGGAUAUUGGGCAUAAGAUUAAUCAAUGUAAAAAUCGCUAG